GAGAUGAUCAGCGAUCAUGGCCACGUCUUCUUGGACUUCGCGCCGGUCUUCUGUCGUCUGCAAACAUGGCAUGGUCUCCUCCUCCCAACCCCUAGCUUCACAGAUAGGGAUAGACAUCUUGAAACAUGGUGGUAAUGCAGCAGAUGCGGCCGUUGCCAUGGCAGCAGCUUUGAAUGUGACAGAACCAUGUGGGACAGGGAUUGGAGGAGAUGCUUUCUGUUUGUUCUACGACGCAGAGACGAAGACAGUGAAGGGAUUAAACGGGAGUGGGCGGUCUCCUGCUGGUCUCGCUCUUGAGAAGGUGCACUCUGAAGGUUAUCAACCAAGUGAGAAGCUUCCUGUUGGUCAUGGCCACACUGUCACUGUUCCUGGGGCGGCCGCUGCUUGGGUUGACACCGUGGAGAAGUUUGGUAGCGGAAAGCUCUCCCUUGGUGACAUUCUAAGUCCAGCCAUACGACUCGCAGAGGAAGGUUUCCCUGUCCAUGGCACAGCUUCUGUCUUCUGGGAGAUGGGAGCACACACUCUGACUGGGGAGACUAACCCACAUGGUGGAACCAUGCUGCUCAAUGGGAAGCCACCAAGACAAGGAGAGAUCAUGAAAUUACCAUGUCUUGCCAACACGUUUAGGACUUUGGUCGCCGAAGGGAAAACAGGUUUUUAUUCGGGAAGAAUUGCCAAGGCUAUCGUAGAGGCUGUUGACAGGGCUGGUGGAGUACUGACCGUGGAAGAUCUGGAAGCUCAUGUGACGACAUUCGAAGAUCCCAUCUCUGUUGAUUAUCAAGGUGUUAGGGUUUGGGAGGUGCCACCAAAUGGCCAGGGGAUUACAGCCUUGAUGGCUCUCAAUAUCCUGGAGGGCUUUGAUUUAAAAGAUACUAAACACAACAGUACAGAAUAUCUUCAUCUCCUCAUCGAGUCGCUGAGGUUAAGUUUUGCCGAUACCCUGUGGUAUGUGACAGAUCCAACGGUAGUGGAUGUCCCGGUGAAGGGGAUGCUGUCCAAGGAAUACGCAGCAGAGAGGAGGAAGAAGAUUUCCAAGAACAGCUGUCUGUCAGGAUGUGAUCGUGGCAGCCCAAUGUCUUCAAGUGAUACUGUCUACUUGUCGGUGGUGGACACGGAGGGCAAUGCCUGUUCUUUUAUCAACAGUAACUACAUGGGUUUUGGUACGGGAUUAGUGCCAGAAGGAUGUGGAUUUACCCUACAGAAUCGAGGCUGGAGUUUCUCCCUUGACCCCACCCAUCCUAACUGCCUCGCUCCAUGUAAACGGCCAUACCAUACCAUCAUUCCAGCCAUGAUUACAGACACAAAGGAUGGUUCCCUGCUUGCCAGUUACGGUGUGAUGGGUGGCUACAUGCAGCCUCAGGGACAUGUUCAGGUGUUGCUCAAUAUGCUAGAGUUUGGCAUGGAUCCACAACAAGCCCUCGACCAGCCACGCUUCUGCAUUGGACCAGGACAUCAGGGUGCAUCUGGUACCAUCCAAUUUGAGGACGGAAUUGACCCUCGGACCCUUGAGGAGCUUCAAGUGAUGGGUCAUGAUGUCCAUGGACCAGUGAAAGGUCUUCAGAAGAGGGCAUUGUUUGGGCGUGGUCAGGUCAUCACGAAAGGUGCCUGGUGGUCACAAAGCGACAGGAUUGCCAAUGAGCCUGGGGUAUGGUGGGGUGGAGGUGACCCACGAGCUGACAGUCUUACCAUUGGAUACUAAAGUUGUGUCUUGUCUUUAACAAGGUGAUUGCAUGUUGAUUUUGUAUUGGUUGUGAUCUGUUAUAACUCUUGCCGUCAGUUCUGUUUACACACGUGGUUUAUCAUGUUUAACUCCUGCAUGGGAUGAGAACUGAAAUAAGUGGACUGGAAUAUUGUUUUAGGAUUACGGCCGGGCUUGUAAAGGGACAUCCGAAAUCUAAAUGCUUGAUGUCUUUCGUCUUCCGAUGUGCUAGGAGAUUUGGUGCUAUGUCUUGAUAUAUUCUGGUGUAACAAUCAGGUUGUAAAUGUAUCUGCAGUGUUCAAUGGGUCAAACUCAUUCUUGUCUGAUGCUACAAAGUAUGUCAAAGUUCAAAUGUAAAUGAGGCAUGUGAUCCCAAGAAAGUCCUGUAAUUCCGCUGGUACGAGUCUUGUCGAAAUAUUUGGCAACACAGGUCACAUU